AUGAAGCUGGCCGUGGAGGUCGCGGACGCGGCGGAGCUGUCGGCCAAGGACGGCGCCUCCUCCUGCAACGCGUUCGUGGAGGUGGAGUUCGACGGGCAGCGCCAGCGCACGGCCACCCGCCCCGGCGACCUCUCCCCGCAAGGUGCCGCAGCUGCCUCUGCCUCGGGAGGGCCGGCGGUGGAGACCAAGGGGAAGAGCGGCCACGACACGCGCGAGUUCCGCUCCAUUCCGGCCUCGUCAGCUGGUGGUGGCAACGAGCCUCGGCGCCACACGCUCCACGCCAUGGCGGCGCCGCCCCCGCCGGCGGGGCAGACGGUGGUCGUGCCGAAGCCCGCCGGGCCUGCCGGGGCACCGCCUCCGGGCUCGCAGUACGGCCUCACCGAGACGAAGCCCCCGCUGCCGGCCAAGAUGGGGCCGCGCUCUGGGACGGCCAAGAUCGCGUCCACCUACGACAUGGUGGAGCCGAUGUCGUACCUCUACGUGACCGUCGUCAAGGCGCGCGACCUGCCCUCCAUGGACCUCACCGGCGCGCUGGACCCGUACGUGGAGGUGAAGCUCGGCAACUUCAAGGGCGUGACGCGGCACCUGGAGAAGAACCAGAACCCGGUGUGGCGGCAGACGUUCGCCUUCUCCGGCGCCCACCUCCAGGCCAGCCAGCUCGAGGUCAUCGUCAUGGACAAGGACACGCUCCGGGACGACUUCGUCGGCCGCGUCGUGUUCGACAUGUCCGACAUCCCCAGCCGCCUGCCGCCCGACAGCCCGCUCGCGCCGCAGUGGUACAGCCUCGCCGACGCGCACGGCGAGCGGUUCCGGCACGGCCACCCGCUCGGCGAGAUCAUGCUCGCCGUCUGGGUCGGCACGCAGGCCGACGAGGCGUUCCCGGAGGCGUGGCACUCGGACGCGCACUCGCUGUCGCGGGAGGGGCUCACCAACACGCGCUCCAAGGUGUACUACUCGCCCAAGCUCAUCUACCUCAAGGUCUCCGUCAUCGCGGCGCAGGACCUCAUCGCCGCGGACAAGGGCCGGCCGCUGGCGCCCACCAUAGCCAAGAUACAGAUGGGCAGCCAGAUCAGGCGGACGCGGCCGGGGCAGCCGCAGGGGUCGGCGAACCAGGCGUGGAACGAGGAGUUCAUGUUCGUGGCCAGCGAGCCGUUCGAGGACCCGCUGGUGGUCACCGUGGAGGAGAAGGUCGCCGCCGGCCGCGACGAGCCCAUCGGCCGCAUCAUCAUCCCCGUGGCGUCGCCCUACGUGCCGCGCAACGACCUGGCCAAGUCCAUACCGUCCAAGUGGUUCAACCUGUCGCGCGGCAUGACGGUGGACGAGGCGGCGGCGGAGGCCACGACGGGGACCAAGCACCGGGAGCACUCCAAGACCUUCGCCAGCAAGAUCCACCUCAGGAUGAGCCUGGAGACGGCGUACCACGUCCUCGACGAGUCCACGCACUACAGCAGCGACCUGCAGCCGGCGGCGAAGAAGCUCCGCAAGAGCGCCAUCGGCGUGCUGGAGGUCGGCAUCCUCAGCGCGCGCGGCCUCGGCGGCAACAAGAGCCCCUACUGCGUGGCCAAGUACGGGUCCAAGUGGGUGCGCACGCGCACGCUGCUCGGCACGGCCGCGCCCGCCUGGAACGAGCAGUACACCUGGGAGGUGUUCGACCUGAGCACCGUCAUCACCGUCGCCGUCUUCGACAACAACCACCUCCACCACAGCGAAGGAGCCAAGGACCAGAGGAUCGGCAAGGUGCGCGUCAGGCUCGCCACCCUCGAGUCCGACCGCGUCUACACGCACUACUACCCGCUCAUGGCGCUGACCCCCGGCGGCCUCAAGAAGACCGGCGAGCUCCACCUCGCCGUCCGGUUCACGUGCACGGCGUGGGCCAACAUGCUGGCGCAGUACGGGCGGCCGCUGCUGCCCAAGAUGCACUACAGCAACCCCAUCUCCGUGCUGCAGCUCGACUACCUCCGGUUCCAGGCCAUGCAGAUGGUGGCGACGCGGCUGGGCCGGUCGGAGCCGCCGCUGCACCGGGAGGUGGUGGAGUACAUGCUCGACGUCGACUCGCACAUGUUCAGCCUGCGCCGGAGCAAGGCCAACUUCUACCGCAUCACGUCGCUCUUCUCCGGCGUGGUGGCCGUCGGCAAGUGGUUCGACGGCAUCUGCAAGUGGAAGAACCCGCUGACGACCAUACUGGUGCACGUGCUGUUUUUGAUACUGGUGUGCUACCCGGAGCUGAUCCUGCCGACGGUGUUCUUAUACCUGUUCAUGAUCGGGGUGUGGAACUACCGGCGGCGGCCGCGCAAGCCGCCGCACAUGGACACGGUGCUGUCGCACGCGGAGCAGGCGCACCCGGACGAGCUGGACGAGGAGUUCGACACGUUCCCGACGUCCAAGCCGAGCGACGUGGUGCGCAUGCGGUACGACCGGCUGCGCAGCGUGGCCGGCAGGGUGCAGACGGUGGUGGGCGACCUGGCCAUGCAGGGGGAGCGCGCGCAGUCGCUGCUGAGCUGGCGCGACCCGCGGGCGACGGCCAUCUUCAUCACCAUGUCGCUCGUCGUGGCCGUGGUGCUCUACAUCACGCCGUUCCAGGUGGUGGCCGUCGUGUUGGGGCUCUUCAUGCUCCGCCACCCCCGCUUCCGCAGCAAGCAGCCGUCCGUGCCCUUCAACUUCUACAAGCGCCUCCCCGCCAAGGGUGACAUGCUCCUUUGA